GCAUCAGUUGUUGGACUUUCAAUUAUUACGAAAACUAUCAUAAUGUUAAACCAACUUGGGUUGGGAACUUUUCGUAAUGUAAAUGUUGAACCGUUAGGAGCUGAGCAUACCUAUGGACCUCAUGCAAGAACUCAAGAUACGAGAGAAGUUGUUUUAAAUCUUACAGCUGCCACUUGUAUGGCUCCCGGAAUUACAGGAGGUGGAUCAGGAAGACCUAAUCCUUCACCAUGCCUAGUACACUUUUCUUGUCUUGUUCCGAAGGGUAUUGUUUUUGCUUAUUUAAAAACUGGCAAUGAUGCGGUGAUAAAAACCAUCCAAUUUGAAGGACCUACAAACAACGAUAAAAAUUUUGAAAAUAAUGUUAAUGUAAGUGGUGGUACCAUCAAAAUUCCUAUAAUAAGAUUAGCAUGGGGAAGAAGCGGUGAUAAAGGAGAUACCUGUAAUAUUG